AUGGCUGGUUUCCACGAUGAUGAAAUUGCAGCUUAUUUAAUAACAUUUGAGAAACACGAAGAAUGGCUAACCACAUCCCCUAAGACAAGACCGCAGAAUGGCUCAAUGAUCCUCUACAACAGGAAGAAAGUGAAAUACAGGAAAGAUGGGUAUUGCUGGAAAAAGAGGAAAGAUGGGAAAACGACCAGAGAGGACCACAUGAAACUGAAGGUCCAGGGAGUAGAGUGCUUGUACGGCUGCUAUGUCCAUUCCUCCAUCAUCCCCACCUUCCACCGGAGGUGCUACUGGCUCCUUCAGAACCCCGACAUCGUCCUGGUGCACUACCUGAACGUCCCGGCCAUCGAGGACUGCGGUAAGCCCUGCGGCCCCAUCCUCUGCUCCAUCAACACCGACAAGAAGGAGUGGGCGAAAUGGACGAAGGAGGAGCUCAUCGGGCAGCUGAAGCCCAUGUUCCACGGCAUCAAGUGGACCUGCAGCAACGGGAACAGCAGCCCGGGCUUCUCGGUCGAGCAGCUGGUGCAGCAGAUCCUUGACAGCCACCAGACCAAGCCACAGCCGCGGACCCACAACUGCCUCUGCACCGGCAGCCUGGGAGCGGGCAGCAGCGUGCACCACAAGUGUAACAGUGCCAAACACCGCAUCAUCUCGCCGAAGGUGGAGCCGCGGACGGGGGGGUACGGGGGCCACGCGGAGGUGCAGCACAACGACGUAUCCGAGGGCAAGCACGAGCACAGCCACGGCAAGGGCUUGAGCCGCGAGAAGAGGAACGGCAAGGUGGCCAAGCCGGUACUGCUGCACCAAAACAGCACCGAGGUCUCCUCCACCAACCAGGUGGAGGUCCCCGACACCACCCAGAGCUCCCCCGUGUCCAUCAGCAGCGGGCUCAACACAUGGCGGUGGCCUCCGUGA